GGCGCGGGCACAGCAGGAUGCGUGUUAGCCAGUCGUCUGGUGCACUAUCUCGAUACAGCGGACGCUGUCUCGCUCGACAACACGAAACAUCAUCAUCAUUCCCAGCAGCAGCAUCAAUUAGAGCAGUCAGACAUAGCGAACGCCAAAUAUGAGGCUAGCACAGAUUCAAUCAGUUGUCCCGCAGGCUCUUUGGCCCCGAUGGAACGAGAUCUACCAAACGCUCGUCUGCACGCCGAGGCGAAAUGUCCUCUCGAGGAGACGAUGAGCCUUCUAGGAGGCAUGAAGACAAGCCUUCAUUCAAGACUUCAACAAAGACGUCAAAGGCGAAUACUCAUCGUGGAGACCGGACCUCGGCCUUUGUUCAUUUAUCGUCUCCUCAGCAGAAUACCGUUGCUAGCGCCAUUGUUAUUUGGCACUCGGCUCGAUUGGAACUACCGGACCGAGCCACAGAGCUACACUGGGCGUCUAAUGAAGAAGAGGGUAGGUCCAGACAGUGUCCAGCUUAUGUGUGUCUGUAUGUCUGUCCGUCUAAGCAUAUUCCCAAUCCUGUGUGGGGGACUGCUGAAAAUGCUUCUUUAA